GAGGAGGCGCAGGGCGCCAGACCUCUUUUUUGCAGACGUUCCGCCGGCUGGGCGUUCGCGGUCGGUGUUGCGGGCUCGACUUUGUUCGUUGAAGCAUGAGGUCCCUUUCGAGAUCGUCGCCUGGAGGACAGCUGUUUUCAUGACUGUUUUCACUCGCUGUUACCAUUUUGAGGUCAUUCGACUGGAGUUUUCACUGCUCCGAGGUCAACUUUUUCUCCGGAUUCCAGUUUUUAGAGCAAAGUUUACGUGAGAUGGAAGAUUUUCGAGGUAUAGCUGAUGAGUCAUUUCCAAGCUUUUUAACCAAUUCAUUACUUGGUGGUAAUAGUGAGAUUUUGGAAAAUGUCACUCUUUCUUCAAAUCUUGGCUUGCCUGUUGCUGUUUCAACGCUUGCUAGAAAUAGAUCCAGCACUGAUAACAGGAAUUCUGAUGUCCAGGCAUCUUAUUUAGUGGAAGGGAAGUUUUCAGUUCCAUCAGAGUCGUCUCCCAGUAGCCAGAGUGAAGCUGAACCAAGAGAGAGGUUACAGCUUGUCUUCCCGGAUGAUGAUUCUAUUUCUAAGAAAAAGAAUCAGACAGAAGGUCAACAUUUGUCAGGUGCUGUCCUCAAAGAGUCAGCUUUUCAAAGUGAUAGAGAAAGAACGGAAGAGGAGCACGUUAGAGCUGCAAAACCCUUUCAGAGCCAAGAACCUUCUGAUGGGAUUUCACCGCUGGAGCAGGAGCGAGACUCGCCUAUUGAUUUUUGUUCACGAUCCUGGAUGAAUAAGGAGAACAAGGUUGUUGUUCCUGAUGCUGGAAAACAUUUUGAAGAGAGGAAUCCAAACAAUGACUUAAGCCAUACUAGUUUCCUAGAAAAUGAGAAACUGAUGUCACUUGCCAGCUUGGAAGAUUCUUCUGAUGAUGAUAUCGAUGAUGAAGAGUUUUAUGAUGAUCAUUUGGAGGCUUAUUUUGAGCAACUGGCAAUUCCAGGAAUGAUGUAUGAAGGCCUUGAAGGACAGGAAUCUCCAGAAAAUUAUUUUAAGUUACCUGCAAGUGAUCCUAGUCAGGAAAGCGGAAGAGAAGAAGUUCUGGUGAAGACUCUCAGGGCUGCUAAUGCGAAACUUAACCCUGUUUACUUUCAUGACACAAAUGCCAGUAAAGGUGAUUUUGGCUUGAUAGACCCUUUAAAGCUGGAUGCAGGAUCUCCUCAUCAAAAUAAGCAUUUGGCGUCAGACUCAGAAACAGUUUUGCCUGUGGAUAGAGUUUUAGACACUGAGAUGCCUCAAGUGUCCAUUCAAGAAAAUGUGGAUGUAGCAUCUUUGAAGUCUGUUAGUGACAAUGCAUUUAAUUCCGCUGAUGCUCUGUGGUCACCCACUAGUGAAAGGCAAACGUGUGAAUGUUAUGAGUCCGUUGGAAAGAGCAAGGACCAAACGGAUCUAUCACAGAGUGUGGUCUAUCAGAACGAGGAGGGCAGAUGGGUCACUGAUCUUGCCUAUUACACAGCUUUUGAUAAAGAACAAGAUGUAAAUGUGUCUCUAAGUGAUGAGAUGAAUGAAGACUUCAGAUCUGGCUCUGAUGCAUUGGAUUUGAUUGCACAAGAUGAAGAAGAAUUUAAUAAAGAGCAUCAGUUUAUGCAGGAAGAAAAUAUAGAUGCCCAGAGCACUUCAGUUGCCCUAGGGGAUACAUCGUGGGGAACUUCAGUCAAUUAUGGUCUGUUGAGGAGAUCACUUAGCACAUCAGAUUUGGACAAAGACGAUGCCACUUAUUUACGUCUGUCUUUAGGAGAGUUCUUUGCUCAAAGGUCUGAAGCUCUCGGUUGCCUUGGUGGUGGUUACAAUGUGAAAAGACCAUCAUUUGGUUAUUUUAUUAGAUCACCAGAGAAGAGAGAACCUGUUGCUCUAAUAAGAAAAUCAGAUGUAUCAAGAAGUAAUUUGGAAAAAGAAAUGGCUCAUCUUAACCAUGGUCUAUUUUCAGGAGAUUUAAAGGCACAGCUAAGUGAAGGAUCAGUUACACUUCAGGCCGAAGAACUGGAGAGUAUUUCACAAGUGGAUGAAAAUGAUGUGACAUUAACUGCCAAUAAAGGGAAAACAGAGGACACUUUCCUCAUCAACAGCAAACCCCAGAGACGCACAGGUGAACUGCCUAGUGGUGGUGAUUCUUUGCUGAGGAUAAGCACCAUUGCUUCAGCCAUCGCAGAUGCAUCAGUGAACGCUGACCCCUCCCAGCUCGUUGCCAUGAUCAAGGCACUUUCAAAUAAAACCCGAGAGAAGACUUCUCAGGAUGAUGGUAAACAAAAGCACUAUUCGGCUGUGUCUCAUUUCUUACCUAAUGAGCUGGAAAAAAGUAAUGGAUCCAGUGCAUUUGAUAUGGAGAAAUACCUUAAAAAAACAGAAAUUAGUAGAUAUGAAAGUGGAAUGGACAACUUUUCAAGAGCUGGUGUGUCUGAUAUUUGGGAUUUAUCUUUGUCCAAAGAACGGACUACACAUGACUUCCAUGCAGUGGACCUGGGUGCUACUAGCAUAAGUGUAAGGGAGCCUGAAGAAGACACAGCAGCUGGUUUUUAUGGUGAAAGUGGAGAGAGCAUGGACCAGGCAUCACUGAGAACGAUAAACUCUUCAAAUUCAGUUCUUACAAAUACGGGAGAGAGAGAGGGUGCAGGGGUUGAUGUGAAGACACAUUCCAUUGACCAUAAAUCACCAGAUUCCGGUGACGGUGAAAAAGCUGCCUCCAUAUCCAUUCCAGCCCUUGAUAGCUCAUUAGUCAGGAACCCCAGGGUAGCAUCCCUCUGGCUGUCAGAAGAGCAUGAAGACACACAGAAUAGUAGAGAAUAUCAGAGGCAAAAUGAGUAUAUUAGUGAGACAAGUAACAGUGAAAAGCAUGUGACUUUUGAAAACCAUUCCAUAAUCUCACCUAAAAGUGUUGAUUUGAAAAAUCCCUCUCCUGAGUGUGGUGGACAUGACUCGGAGGACGACCAGGAUAGCUUCCGACCUUCCACUUCUCCACUGAGUCAUUCUUCUCCUAGUGAGAUUUCUGGAAAUAGUUUAUCAGGGUGUGCCCUGGAGUCUUUCAGUUCAGCAGCUCAUCUGCAGAAGCACCCCUGUGAGAGGGAGUCAUCCCAGCUGACGUGUCCACAGGCCAGCAUCAGCAGGCUGACUUACAUGUCUGAACAAGAGAGCACCUGUCCCGCCACGGCCUCAGAUCGUGGCCUGAAGGACCAGCAGAGUGAUGUCACCAGUGCGUUGAGCACCACAAUUAUUCAGGCCAGUCCAGUUCCGUCUCAGGAGCGGGCUCCAGAUAAGUUGAGAGAAAAAAGUCCAUUUCAAAGUAGAGGAAAAGGAGCGUUACCGUAUAUUAUCCAGAAGAACUUGGACACAGAAAAAGAAACUGAAACUACUUCUCUGAGUAGCGAACUUGAAGAUGUAAAACCGAACUUUAGAUCGAGAAGAGAGCUUUCCUCCAAAAGUGAAGAUCUGUCAGAAACCACUGUGGCAGGUGUGACCUCAAAUCCCAGUGAACUGGACCAGGUCAGCCUGGCUCUGCCAGGGGAGUUGGGCCUCGGCCAGUGGGCCCUGCUGGCCACGCCGCGCCUUCCCGUGUCCCGCCAGGGGCCUGUGCCCGACAGUGGACGCGUGACUCCUGUAGACACGUCUGCUGCCGACAGUGCGUUCAUUGGCCAGGGCCCUCCCCAGACCUCCUUGCCCAACACCGAGGGCUGCGGCCCUGCUCCCUCAAGGCAGCACGUGCCCACCUCAGGCCCCAUGCUCUCAGCACGCCGUCCCCUCCCCAUGGCUCCCUGUGCCCAGCCGAGCUCGGGAGCACUGCCUCGGUGCCAGGCCGGCGGCGCCACAGCCUGCGGGCUCCCGGGAAGCUGUCAUCCUGCUGUCACCACAGGAGAGCACAUCCAGAAUUCUGUGGCCAUGGGCCUUUGUCUUGGACAGAACAUCAGCUCGGGGCUGAUGGCUGCCUCUUCCCUUUGUAACCCGUAUUCUAACGCCUUCAAUCAGAGUCUUCUAAGUACAGCCAAACCUUUUACUGUUCAGUCUCUUGGUCCAAACUGUGGAAUUGAUCCAUGGGAUUCAGCAGUGAUGUCAGGAUUUGGGAAAGUAAGAGUGCCUGAGGAAUUGAAGUUUCCUCAUGCUUGCUGUAUCGGCAUCGCGUCACAAACCUACCUUAGUGUCCUGAAUCCCGCCGACCGCUGGCUGCAGGUCAGCAUCGGGGUCCUCAGCGUUAGUAUCAACGGUGAAAAGGUGGAUCUUUCAGCUUAUCCUUGUUUAGUUUUCAAGAAUAAAGUCAUCAUAAGACCUCAUGCCACAGAAGAGAUAAAAGUGCUCUUCAUACCGUCUGAUCCUGGGAUUUUCCGAUGUAUAUUCAGCAUUGCUUCUUGGCCGUUUUCAGCUGACGCAGAGACAGUGGCACAGGCAGAAGCACUGGCGAGCAGGGUUGUUCUCACCGCCAUUGCCGAGACCCCCGUGAUCGAGGUAGAAACAGAAAAGAAAGAUGUUCUUGAUUUUGGUGACUUAACUUAUGGAAGCUGGAAAGCUCUGCCUUUAAAGCUGGUAAACAAGACGCACGCCAACAUCCCAAUUAGACUUAUUAUUAAUGCUAACGCCAUAGCCUGGCGCUGCUUCACCUUUUCCAAGGAACCCAUCCACGCAGCUCUGAAAGCUGUUCCUUAUGCCCAUGCGAUUGCUCAGCUGGCCGCCCCCUCCGUGAUCAACCAUAUGAUGCCUGCCAGCGAUGACGGACAGGAUCCAGAAUUUCUGAUAAUUUGGGUUCUUUUCCAUAGUCCAAAGAAACAGAUGACUUCUUCAGAGAUUCUAGACUCAGCAGAAGAAUUCUUGGCAAGAGUUGAUAUAGAAGUUGAUAGUCCAAACCCUACACCAGUCAUUAAAAGUAUCAAUCUUCGAGCAAGAACAGGAAUAGCCAGGAUACACGCUCCGAAAGACCUACAGACUAUGCACUUGUUUGCCAGUGUGGCUUCCUCAACAAGGCAGUACUUACCUUUGAAAAAUGCUGGGAAUAUUGAUGUCCACUUGGACAUCAAGAUCCCAGAUCAAGGAAGUCACUUUUCAGUGGAUCCAGAGAAACUAUUCCUUAAACCUGGAGAAGAGCACGAAGUUAUAGUUUCAUUUUCUCCAAAGGAUCCCAAAGCCUGUGAGGAAAGGAUCUUGAAAAUAUUUGUGCAGUCGUUUGGCCCUCAGUAUGAAGUGAUGUUAAAAGGUGAAGUAGUUUCUUCAGGAAACAAGCCUCUGACGCCUGCAUCUUGCUGCUCAGAUAUUCCUUCGAUUUUAUCCAACAAGCAGUUUCUGGCGUGGGGAGGUGUCCCUCUGGGCAGGACACACAAUAUCCAUGGAGGAAAACCACAUUUAAGAUGUGUCAUUGUUUCUAGGCUUCAGAAACUAGCUUUAAGAAAUAAUUCUACAUCUUCAGCCCAACAUUUACGACUGCUCAUUAGAGGACAAGACCAGGACUGCUUUCAGUUUCAGCACACUUUUGGUUCAGAAGAGCGAUUGACCAGUAACUGUGAGAUCAGGAUUCGUCCAAAAGAAGACAUUUACAUCUCUGUGUUAUUUGCACCUACUCGAUUAUCUUGUAUGUUGGCCAAACUAGAAAUUAAACAACUUGGAAUUCGAUCACAACCAGGCUUUAAGUUCACGAUACCUUUGUCUGGAUAUGGAGGCACAAGUAACCUGAUUUUGGAAGAUGUUAAAAAGUUAUCUGACAGUUACAUGGUGACAGUGAAUGACUUAGUGCCUGGCAAAGAAAGUAGAAUUGUUUUUUCUGUUCGUAACACUGGCUCUCGAGCAGCUUUUGUUAAAGCUGUAGGUUUUAAGGAUUCUCAGAAAAAAGUUUUGCUGAAUCCUCGAGUAUUAAGGAUUUUUCCAGACAAAUUUGUGCUCAAGGAAAGAACACAGGAAGAUGUUACUAUAAUAUAUAAUCCAUCAGACAGAGAAAACAAUUGUAAAAACACCACAGAACUGUCAACUAUAUACUUUUUUGGUGGAGAUGAAAUUUCAAGACAGCAGUACCGAAGAGCCAUGCUGAACACACCAGGGGUGAGAGAGCAGGUCCUUCCCACCCAGAGCAUGCUGCAGAACAUUGACUUCGCAGAAGCAUUUCAGGACGAGCUGCUCAUAACUGAAGUAUAUGACCUUCCCCAGCGGCCCAAUGACGUUCAGCUCUUUUAUGGAAACAUGCGUAAAAUUAUACUUUCAGUAAUUGGAGAAUUUAGAGAUUCUGUUUCUAACAGAGAGUUUCUUCCACCUUCUUCCAGACCUAGCUUGGAAUCUAAAAGUGAAUCUGGCAGUUGUGGGACACAUGGUGGUAACAUUUCUUUGGAUGUUUUACCAGUGAAAGGUCCUCAGGGGUCUCCACUUCUUUCACAAGCUGUUCGCCCACCUCAAGAUAAAUCGGCCUCGGAAGAAGUGUGGGCUGUCCAGCCUGAACGCUUGAUUUUAGUCGCCCCUUCUUGUGAUAUGGCAAAAACUGGACGUUUCCAGAUUUUAAACAAUUCUGUUAGGUUACUGAAAUUUGAGCUGUACUGGCCAGCACAUUGUCUUACAGUGACACCACAACAUGGGUUUAUCGCACCAGAGAGCAAGCUACAAAUUCUUGUGAGUCCUAAUUCCUCCUUAUCCACAAAGCAUUCAAUGUUCCCAUGGAGUGGCUUGAUCUAUAUACACUGUGACAAUGGACAGAAGAAAAUUGUGAAGGUUCAAAUUCGAGAAGACUUGACCCAAGAAGAACUUUUCACUUGUUUGACCUCCAGCCCAUUUGGAAUCCUUUCCCCAGAAACAGAGCCUUCAGUUAAUCAUCUGGUAAAACCAGUGACAAAACCACCUUCCACAAGAGUUGAGAUAAGAAAUAAGACUGUUACUUUUCCUACAACAGAACCUGGUGAGACUUCAGGAAGUUACCUGGAACUUGAGAAUCACGGUGACACGGAAGUGAGGUGGCACCUGUCAUCCUUAGCCCCACCUUACGUCAAGGGAGUUGAUGAAAGUGGAGAUGUUUUUAGAGCUACCUAUGCAGCAUUCAGAUGUUCUCCUAUUUCUGGUGUACUGGAAAGCCAUGGAGUCCAGAAGGUCUCCAUCACGUUUUUGCCCAGAGAUAGAGGGGACUAUGCCCAAUUUUGGGAUGUUGAGUGUCACCCUCUUAAAGAGCCUCACCUGAAGCACACCUUGAGAUUCCAGCUUUCUGGACACAGUGUCAAAGCAGAACGUGAGCUUGAAAAUUCACGCAUUUCCACAAAUAGCCUCAUUAAAAUAGAUAAUUUACUUAAGCCCCGAAGACAACCUGUAUCAGAGGCGUCUGCUCUCAUACCUGGCAGGCAGCUUGACCUCACCCACCGUGGAGUUUAUGCCCCAGAAGAUGUGUAUCGGUUUCUGCCAACGAGAGUUGGGGAGUCAAGGACGUUGAAAGUCAAUUUGCGAAAUAAUUCUUUUAUUACACACUUGCUCAAGUUUUUAAGUCCCAGAGAGCCUUUCUACGUCAAACAUUCAAAAUAUUCUUUGAGAGCCCAGCACUACAUCAACAUGCCUGUGCAGUUCAAGCCCAGGUCCGUGGGCAAGUUUGAAGCUUUGCUCGUUGUUCAAACCGACGAAGGCAAGAGUGUUGCCGUCCGACUCAUUGGUGAAGCUCUUGGGAAAAGUUAACUAGAGUCCACUUUGUGUAAAGUAAAUGACAUAAGUUAUAUUUUGCUAAUUGCCCAGAGUAGAAAGGAAAGCUUCCUUUCAAAGAAAUUGUCUUUCUCCGGAGUGGGGCAGGCUCCACGUUCUGUGCAGACAUUGGAGAGGUUGAUGGUAUAUUUUAAGAGAGCGUUUAUUCAAAUUAAAGCUGGACGGGACAACUCCAGAAUCCGGUGUAGAAGGGCACUGCUGUCAGGUACCAGAGGGACCCGGGGGACAGGGAGUGAGGGCAGUGAGCCGCCCGAGGGGACAGCGCUUUCCUGCUGUGACAUUCCCUGGUUCUACCAGGAGAGACGUGCGUAUUAGUUGCUCUGUGGCCAUUGCUGGUGAGUGGUUGUGCAGCAGGGUGGGGGUCGCAGCCGGGUAGUAACGAUGGAGCAGGAGGACCUCAGAGGGUGUGCAGAACUGCCAGGAGGGCUCUAACCCCCAGCAUUUACAACCGCGACAGAGAAACACUCUCCUUCCUGAGCACAGAUUUAAGACAGUCUUACACGUCUGCCACAUGGGUCAGUAAUCACAGGUGAAGGGUAGAGGCAGUCCCACAACUGUUGAUCCCUCUGUGAUUAAAACUGCUCUCCUUCAGUGUCAGCUCUCCUUCAGUGUCCACUCUUCUAAAGUGGACACUUCCCUGUUUUGUUUCCUCUUUAGAUUUUUAAUUUCAUGCCCAGGGAAAGAUCUGGGACAGGGGAUCCUGUAAGUCUUUAACUGCGCCCUGAGCCCACUGAGCGCUGGGCCGUGUCCCCGUCUCCGACCCCCGUGGACGCUCGUGCAGACGCAAGGGGUGAGGCGGGGACGCCCCGCAGGGGCAGGCACAACCUUGGAGCAGCACGGGCUGUGACACGAGGUGAGGAGAGGCCAGUGGUGAGAGUGCGGCUGGAAACACGAUCCUCCCAGGGGUGUUAUAACCGUUACUUCUCCUGCGCCCGGUGCUGACCCCAGAAGAUGCACAGACGCAUGUGGAGGUGACUGUGUGUUUGCUCCAUGAGCAAGCCUGACCCAGGCCCGGGGCCACUGUUGUGCUGACCUGCCCUCAGGUCGGUGGGAAGCCCCACACCGCUCGCCUGAGGACGUUCUCCCUGCGUUUGGGGUGACGCACAAAAUCGCUGUUCUGUGGGAUCAGCCUGGGGAAAUGCCACCUUGUGGACUUGGCUGCAUGUGAGACUUGCUCCCUGAGAGCUGUGAGGCCAGCAGGCACGAUGCAGACCCCGCCAUGCCGGAUGCCAGGGCGCCACCCACAGCUGCCACCAUUGCCCUUGUGCUUUCGGGCGCAAGGGCGACUCUGCGUCAGCUUCUCUGGAACCAUCUUCCUAAACUCAGGGGAGGCCCGUGUGCCACCGGAGCCGGGCCAGCUCGGAUCCUCCUCCUUGGCCUGGUCCCCGCUCCCUUGUGCUUCCACAGGCCUGUCCUGCUCGGUGGGGGGAGGGGCACCUCCCAGCGCUGCCCCUCCAUGGGGCACCUUCCCUACCUGCCUUCCAGGUGCUCGGGGAAGGUCCCCAUCCGACUGACGGGCAGCUGUGCUGAAGGCGGUUCACCUCUGAGGCCUCAGUGGGUAAAGUACGGGGGUGUGGGAGAGAGGGUUCAUGCCUUGAACAAGCGGAUGCAUCCACUGAGCUUCUGUGUCUUAAGUAUUUCCAUGGAAAUAUCAAGAGCAUAUGGAUAAUAUACUGUCUUACAAAUGGAUGACAGAUUGCUUCACACAAUAAUGUUUUUAUGUCUCAAGUCAAAAGCAGGUUGUGCGAAUGGAGAAACGCUGGAAGGACUGGUCAGGAGCAGGCGGGGACUGCUCAGCCCACUGCUGUAUGAGGCACGGCCCUGGGGGCUGCCCAGUGGCCAGUGAGGUAGAGAGGAGGUGAAACGCACAGGACAGUGAUGUAAUUGUCGACCUGGGAUUCCGAGAGGGUUUCCUUUAAAGAUCAUAAAAAGCAUUCGGUAAUGUGACUGGAUUACAUAACUGAUACACAAAAAUCAACAGUUUUUCUAUAUAAGAAAAUAGUAAUGGAAAAAGUAAAACCCCUAUGAAUAAAUGUAUAAAGAAAUUUGUAAAAUUUACGUGAAGAAAACUUUAAAAUCUCACUGGAGGUUACAGCAGGUUUGGGCAGGGGGUAGCAUGCCCACAUGGCUGCCGGGUGCUCCUCUGUAGCACGAAUACCCCUUGAGAUCCUAACGACAGGACUGCAAGUAGCCGGUUGAGACUAGCAUGUGCAGGAUGGAUCCGAAAUCCCCAAAUACAUACAGAAAUUCAGUGCAAGGUAAAAGUGGCACCUCAGUGGGGAAAAGAUGGGUUAUCCCAGAUUAGCUUCCGGGUGAAUCAUAGGUUAACAAUGAAAAUAUAAAAGUCCCAGGAGAAAAUAUGGAAAACAAUUUCAGUUAUUAAUUUCUAAUCUUGGAAUAAAAACUGGCAGUCAUAUAAGGAAGAGAUCAACUCAACCACAUACAAAUUAAAAUUUUCUGGAUGGAAAAAGCAUAACCAAAAUCAAAAGACAAAUGACAAACUGGGAGUCUUAAUGGACACAUUGGCCAUUUCAGUCUUUUUCUGCUGCAAACAGUGACACUAAAACUCUCCAUCUGCAGCUGUCACUUCAUGUAUUUCCAAGGACACCUGUCGGGUAGAGCACUGCAGCAUGGACAGUGGGUGGAAGGCAGGGCAGGGGCAGUAUAAUUUGAGUGGACAUUGCUGAUUUGUCUCCUGCCUGUUUUUCUACAUUCUUGCCAAAACAACGUUAGCAAACUUUAACUUUUCCUACUCUAGUAAGUGAGUAAUUGCGUCUGGUCUAAUGUGUGCUGGCUCUGACUCUGGGGGCAGAGCCCACCUAGGCAGGUGCAACGGGUGGCUGCCAGGAGCCACCCUUCCCCCGCUUCUUUUGGGAGCCUCCAGCAAAGAGGGUGGACCUGCCCAAGGCCACUUUCUCGGGGUCCCCUGCAGCUGAGCCCUGAGGAGACCCCUGUGGAGGGGACCUACCUUCCCGUGGACACCAAACGUGGACGGCAGAUGGCUCUGGGAGUGGCAGGCAGAGGGUGACACCCGGGCCCCCUGGGCUUUGUCCUCACAACCUUGCCCUGAGGUGGGAGGAGGCCUGCCUUCCACUGGACUGUCUCCACUUCCCACCAGGUUCAACUAUUAACUAUUUUUGUAAUAAAAAAUGUUUUAAAGAGGUAAACAUAACAAAGGAAUUGUUUUAAUAAGAGAUUUAAAAAUCCGAACAUCACUUUUUCUGCCAAUGUUCAGUAAACUUAAUGGAAUCUGUCACUUAUUAAUUAGGGUAUUGACAGUAGUCUUUCUCAGAAGGUUUUGAAAUGACAGCUCGCAGUAAAGUUCUACCUUUCCUUCUGAAGAAGCUCGGGCGUGGAGACCCUCGAGGUCCUUACAGGUGUCGCAGCCUCUCAGCAGAUGCUCCUCCUUGGCUUUGCUGUGACGUGUGUUUCAGUUUGGUGUCCAGGAAGCAGGGCCGGUCCCCCAGGGAGCCUUUGUGGGGGAGAUGCCAGCGGGUCUGAGGUCUGCAGGUUUCCCGUCAGCCUCACCUGUAGGGCUGCCGCCCGUGCCUGCCCUGCCUCUGGGAGGAGGAGGGUUAACCAGCCCUGUGCCUUCUGUUCACUUGGGGUCACUCGGUCCCACUACAAGUUUGCUUUCCCCUUUGUUAUUUAAUGUCGAUGUUAAAGCCACUAAGAGGGUUGCCUGUUUCUACACUGAAGUCACUGGACAUGAAGAG